AUGAAGUUCAACGUCCUCGCCCUCUCUGCUCUGCUGGCCUUCGCUGCCGCUGAGACUACCACCGCGGAUGCCUCUACCACAACUAGCAACCCAUCGGUCGAGUGUGCUAAGCAGUGUGAACCCACAGACACCUGCUGCAUCGCCAAGUGCUGGAACGUUCCCUGCCCCAGCGACAACCAGGCCAACGACACCAACAGCUGUGUCGCCGCCUGCCCCCAGGGCACCGGGUCGCCCGCCGACGCCCAGAAGUACGCCAGCUGCGAGCAGUCCUGCUACAGCUCCCACUUCUGGGGUGGCCACGGACCCACGGCCACCCAGUCUACCUCGACUAGCACUGCCACCGACGCUACUGCUACCGAGACCAGCUCUGAUGCGUCCACCACCGACUCUUCCAAGAAUAAUGGCAAUGACUCCAGCUCCACCAAUGACUCCUCGGAUGGCACAGCCACUAGCUCCUCAGGCUUCUCAACCGAGACCACCAACGCCGCCGUCAAGGUUGGUGCCUCAGCCGCCGGCCUGUUCGGUCUGGUCGCUGCUGCUUUUGCUCUGUGA